AUGCAGCCUACAUUCGACGACAGUCUUUACACUGGAUAUUCAUACAAUAAUUGGGCUACCAAGGUCCCAAGCCCGCUGGGUCCAAAGGGCUUCUCUUGGGGACUGAACUCGGUAAACCAUCUUCCGUCAGUGGUUACCACUCAACCAAUGUGUUUUUCAUCCCCCGCCAGCAGUAUUAGCAACAGUAUGGUUCCAGGUGGAGUUCCGAGCGUGGCUUCCAUGGGAAAUGUAGCCAGUCCAACGACACCCUGUCCAUAUGCACCGCCGGCACCUCCUUAUAUCUACAACAGGGACCAGUGUUCUACCAGCAUCGCUUCCCUCAGAUUAAAGGCAAAACAGCAUUCACCCUUCAACUAUCCGACGGUACCACCCCGGCAACCGACGCUAUCAGCUUGUCAUACUGACUCUUCUUUCUUUCUUAUCUUUCCUUCAUAUUUUCCUUCUUUACUUCUUUUUUUUUCUUUCUAUGCUUGUUUACUUCAUUCUUUCAUUCUGUUUCACAUUCUUCCUUCUUUUCCUUCCUUGCUUCCUUAUUUGCUUCUUUCUUUCAGUUUGUCUUUCCCUCUUCUUUUUUCUUUACUUCUUUGCUUCUUUCUUUUCUUCUUUACUUCCUUCUUUACUUCUUUCUUUUCUUCUUUCUAUUCUUCUUUUUCUUCUUUACUUUCUUUGCUUCUAUCUUUUCUUCUUUUCCUUCUUUACUUCUUUCUUUUCUUCUUUUCCUUCUUUACUUCCUUCUUUACUUCUUUCUUUGCUUCUUUCUUUCUAACUUUAUUUCAGUUUAUCUCGCUUUCUUCUUUUCCUUCUUUACCUCCUCCUUUCCUUUUUUUCUUUCUUUUCUUCUUUUUCCUUCUUUACUUCCUUCUUUACUUCUUUCUUUGCUUCUUUCUUUCUAACUUUAUUUCAGUUUAUCUCGCUUUCUUCUUUUCCUUCUUUACCUCCUCCUUUCCUUUUUUUCUUUCUUUUCUUCUUUUUCCUUCUUUACUUCCUUCUUUACUUCUUUCUUUGCUUCUUUCUUUCUUUCAUUCUGCUUAUCUCUCUUUCUAA